CGCAUGGUCGAGUAAACAACAUUUACCUUAAGAGCCGAUUGUUGUCAGUGUCGUCUCUGUUUUCACURAUUAGUCAGCUGAGCACGAACUGAAAAGUUGCAGUGCGAUUUGACUUGAUUCAACCCUCCGUCCUAUUAUUGAGAAUCGAUUUCAAUCAGAUUCGAUGAAAAUUCGUACACUGAUUUCAUUUCCCCCAAAGUGUUUUGUGCUUUACAGUUUGUUUUUUGUCGUCGUUCAGCUAUCGAUUCAUGAUGUAUUAAUACAAGCACUAAAUCCUGGGGUGAGGAGAGAGUUAUGGCAAACCAUUCCUGGAGAUAGUGUGGCUAAUUUAACAUCAUCAAAUGAAUAUCAGAGCAAGGCAGCCAAUAUAAUCGAUAUUCUACCGUCACUGGACGCGCCUAUCGACAUAGGGGAGGUUUACGGACAGAAACUAACGACUUAUUUCCUUGCUCCAGAGACUGGAAACUACUUCUUCGUAAUGUCAUGUGACCAAUCAUGUCAGUUAUGGGUCAGUAGGGACGUGAUGUCACGUAAUGUAGAGAUGAUAUUAGAAGUAAAGCCUCCUGGGAGCAAAACGAAUCGGGACUGGACAAGGAGCAACACGCCCAUCUACAUGGUAGACAAUGACUUCUACUUCCUGCAAGUGUUUAUGAAAGAACAAAAUGGCUCUGAUUUCUUGUCUAUUGGUGUCGAUCUUCCCAAAGGCUCAUCGAUCAAGCCUAUCCGUGAGCCAUACUUGUUUCUUGAAAGGCCUGAGCAACUCACCGGAUCUUUCGUUUUGGUAGAAAAUGCUGCGAUCCCGUCCAAUGGACUGGUUAGAUCAUAUCCAUCUGUCAGUCAAACCUUGUGUGCACAUUAUUGUCUACGUUACGUUACUGGGUGCAAGGCUUACUGCUAUCACGUGAUCACAAGUGAAUGCCUUCUUUAUAGUGUUACGAUAAGUGAGGCGCAGUCCAUCGAGUCAGAUAGCAAUACACUUCUGUACAAUAAGAUUUAGUGAAUGAAGCUCGACCUGAUCUUAUCUCUAGAAUGGAAUUGACCAUGCAAUGGGCUACUUGUCAGUAUUGGAAUCAUUAUAUACAACAAAUAAAUGACGUUCAAUUCGUGUUUAAAA